CAUGACUAGUAUUAGAUUCUCUUAUAGUGUUUUGGAGAUGAAUUUAAGAUUACUGUGUUGCAAGUGAUUGAUUAACAGUUGUGAAUAACUGUUUCAUUAGUUGAUGAGAUUAUGAGAUAUUUGGUUGAGAUAGGUUGGUUCUGUUAAUUUUUGAGACAAGGUAAAUUUUUUGAUAGUCCUAAAUUGGAGAAACUCUGUCCGAUUUUCUGUAGAAUAUCGAUGAGGCUUACUUGGGGGCACUAGCUCUUAAGCGCCGAUCAUGCUCUUAAAUUGGGUCGUCACAUCCUCGACCUCCACACCCUUCUAUCAAGGGUCAUAUCCUUGAUAAGUUGAAGCUGCAUCAUGUACUGCCUAAUCACCUCUCCCUAAUACUUCUACCUUCUUCUAUCAUCUCAUAUUCUGUUGUUGUGCUUUGAAGCAUCCUUCACUCUCUUUUUCUUUUUUCUUUCUCAAAACUGAAUAAGAAACCGUCUCAACUCACCUGAUUAAUAUAUUUUCACCAACAAAGAACCAUUGUCAUAUCAAAAUUGUGGUGAAAUUAGAAAGUUUUAGAUAGGUUCUUUUUUAUUUUCAGAUUUGGGGUGAAUAAGGGAGAUUGAAGGAAGUGUUAGUGGUUAUGUGGUGGUGUAAUAGAGGAGAUUUAUUAUUUUUGGAUUUGUUUAAUGGUGGACGACGAUUGUGUUGGUGAUGGAAGUUGUGUCCUUAAUUUUUUUUUUUUUUAGUCACGGAGGGGGAAGGUAGAGAAGAUAGUUUGGGGCAGAGGACGGCAGAGGAGAAAAUUGGAGAAGGAGAAGGUCUAAGAAUUAGGCGGGGUCCACAUUGAUUUUAGGGAGAAAAAAAAAAGAUAAAUAUAAUUCUAAAGAUUUUCACGCGCUUAGAUCUGAGUGUAACCCACAAAAUUUGUCAGGUUAUCAUAAGGGGUUUAAGAAAAUAUACUUCUACCAAGCAAAGGUGUUUAUCUGAUCAUGUAACAAGGUAAGGUGUUCAUAUGAUCGUUGUGGACAACUUAAAGGGACUGUUUAUGUAUUUCACUUAAAAAGUAUUAUAAGUCACAGAAAUAAUUAGCAAUUCAAAAUAUUUUAAAAGCCAUGAAAACAUUAUAGUCAUACUUAAAAAAUAAAAAAGGGAGCUGUUGAGGCUAUUAAAAGUCAAAAUAGUAAUGAAACAAUUAUCAAAAAAUGGGUGGAAGAAACUCUGCGGUCCUGCUGCUCCUAAUCCUCAUCGCAGCUGCUUUCUUCACUUUCUCGCAAGCAAGAUCAAUUGCUUCAACUCCAACAAAACCCCAUGUUUUCAGAUCUUUCACCAUCAACACCAAUCAGAGCGCAGCUACUGCAAGGAGCUGCUCAUACACAUUGACCAUCAAAACAAGCUGUUCUUCACCUAAAUACACCAGAGACAAAGUCAGUAUUGCUUUUGGAGAUGCUUAUGGCUUUGAGGUGUAUGCACCAAGACUAGAUAACCCAUCGUCAAGGAUUUUCGAGAGGUGCUCUACGGAUACAUUUCAGAUACGUGGCCCAUGUACUUAUGAGAUCUGCUACCUUAACUUGUUGAGGGUUGGAUCAGAUGGCUGGAAACCAGAGAGCGUGAAGGUGUAUGGUCCAAAUCGUCCUGUUAUUACGUUUAAAUAUAAUAAGUUUCUACCAAAUGGUGUGUGGUUUGGAUUUAAUCACUGUCGUAAAGUCUCUGGCUCUGUUAUAUAGGAAUAGAGUAUGUACUCAACCAUGACCAUGAGGCCAAAUUUGAGUUUGCAGAUUUGCUUGAUGUACUAUGGAGGUUAUAAAUAAGAUAUUGUUUGUGUGACGAUCUAUAGGUCGUUUUGAGUACUAAACUUUAUUUUCGUGUUU